UUGCUGUGUGACACUGGUGAUCUACCUUCCUAGUUCUGGAUUAAAUCGCCUCCACACAACAAAUGUGUGGAUAUAAAUUUGGAUUUUUUUCAUAAAACAGUUUAAACAAUUGUGACGUCAAUUAUCAAAGGUUGUUGUUCUGAACUACUCUUUCUUCACGAUGUCACGAGGAGGACUCAACUUUAAAGCUACCUCUAUUCUAGCUUUGCUAAUUCUGGCUGGUGUAAUUGUGGUGUACAGAAUAUCUGCACGGACGGACCAGGAUACUAUCCGACCUGUGCCAGACGACACGAUGAUAUUAGAGAGCGAUCGGAUCGUUACUAAUCAGGCAACUCAACCUAAGUGUCCGAAUAGUGAACUAAAAAACGUAUACAGCCACGACUUGACACAGUGGAAACUCAACGAACACGUUUGUAAAAACUGCUAUGAUUUUCCAAAAGCAACAUUGAAAACACCAUUUGGAGAUACACCAAUAUUCAUAUACCCAAGUGAAAAUGAUAUUUGGGUUUCUGGUCUUAUUAAACGGACUGGUUCUUUCGAGGCUGAAAAAUCUAACGGAAUAGCAGCAUUACUAAAGGCGGACUCAAACUUACAUCUAAUAGAUAUUGGGGCUAAUAUAGGCGUUCAUACUUUAACAAUCGCAAAAAUGGGACGGAAGGUGAUAGCCGUGGAGGCGUUAGACAAAAACGUUCAGCAUCUUUGUGCUUCUGUGGCGGCCGGAAAUCUACAGCGUGACGUCACUAUCGUGCAUAACGCAAUAUCAGACGGGCAUACGACGGUAAAACUUGGCGUUGACAAGAAUAAUAUGGGCGGUACGUAUGUCGAUGUGGAUUCGAAACACAUUAAAGAGCUUAAGGAGGGUCGUGCACAGGGCACGUACGGGGAGGUUGAUACAAUAACGAUGGACGACCUCGUGGAACUUCCAGCUUUCAAAAAUUUGUCUAAGGUGAUUGUAAAAAUGGAUAUUGAAGGUUUUGAACAUAAAGCUGUAGCUAAAUCUGAAAAGUUUUUCAAAGCUGUAGAAGUACAUGGAUUCAUAAUGGAAUGGGAGUUUCACAGAAAGAUGGCGUCAGGAAAUGUUAUAUUAAAGACCAUGAAAGACUUGAAAUUUGAGCCAUACCGUGUCGAAAAUCCUUCCGCGCGGCUUUCUGCAGAAUCCAGUGCUUCGUGGCCAUACGAUGUUUUGUGGCGUCCAGCGGCAAAAUGAAUGAAAUAUCAUUUAAACAUUACAAAAUUAUCCCUGCAAAACACACGAGUUCAGUGUCGGCGCCACCCACAUGUCCGUGGUGAUCAGCGUAAAUCUCCAUUGAUGCAACGGACUUGUAAUCGACUUACACAGGUAAGACAUGGUCUGUGUCUUACACGUGUCUCUUAUUUCUAUACCAUGGUAACACUACCUUGACAAUCUAUACUCCAGUCACAAUAGGAUAUCAAAUAUGUUCUACCCAGACAACGGGAUAAGUCGAAUUUACUUUAUCAAAUUGAAAUUCUGAUAUCGCAGGGUUUACGUUCUGUACGUACCUUUCAGUGUUGUGGAUUUGUGUUAACUGGCCGUUUUUGCCAGGGGUCACCACGUCUUUUCAUGUUAGGUUUACUUUGAGUCACGUGUUUUUAAUGUGUGGAAUCUUGUGUCUACAAUGGUGUCAUAUAUUGUCAGAAAAUGUACAGUAUUUUUUUGUGAAUUAUCGACGAUAAAAUUCAUACCCUGUAGUAAAUAUUUAUUAAAUACUAAGCGAUACUAAUACCAGCCAAAACUGACACGAUUUCAAUGCUCAUCAUUAUUUAACCUAUUGGUGAAUCAGCGGCUGUGAUUUGUUCUUUAUUUAUUUAGUGUUAUUUUCAAAUGAACUGGAACCAUAUAGAUAUCACAUACAGAGACAGAUGUUUAUACUUUGUACAUUUAAAAAAAAACCGAAUACAGCUGUAGAUAUAUACAUAAUCACUGGUUUUUGGAAUCAUUCAUGAUUUUAUUGUUGAUGAUCGGCUAGUAAUUCAUUGAACAUUGAGUUUAAAUUGGUGAUUCGCUGGUUCUCUGAGAUUUCAUAUUAGUAUUACUGUAAAAAAUAUCAAGAUAGUGCAACGCCCGAAAAGAUUCAACAAUUACAUAAAGGUAAUAUCGAUAUGUAUUGACUUAUUACAAACAGUACAUAAUGAGGUUUUAAGGACAAAUUGUUUCCCUUGACUUGAAAAUGUUCAUACAUGAACAGACAAUAAAUGAGCAGGUUGUUAAAAAUAA